AUGAGUUCCAAACAACCGAGGGCCGCCUCCAGACGGCGCCUCCCAAAAGGCCCUUCUCAGGGCCAACCCCAAGGCCCUUCUCAGGGCCAACCCCAAGGCCCUUCUCAAGGCCAACCCAAAGGCCCUUCUCAGGGCCCCUCACGGGACGCGUCAGCGUCUGAGGCUAGCCGCGCACCUUCGGCGGCAAGCCUCCAUAGUGUGGGCCAAACUACGGACUACUCGGACACCGAGUCCAUUAUGAGUGUGUCGGACUGUGGCUCGAUCCGCCGCGAGUCCAGGAAGCGAUUCCUGCGUCAAAAGUCCGGGGGAUCUCCUGAUACUGCCAGGACACCCGCAAAACGGGCCAUAGUAGAGGCGGACCUAGAGGAAAUGGUCGCCUCUAAGGAGAAGCUCGCGCGGACGACCAGAGCCAAGGCCGGCUACGGUGCAGCCACCGUCCGCUAUGCCGACCACUCCGUAGAGGAGAUGGAGCGCAUGGCUCUCGAGGACCAGGGGGAAAUAAUUGAGGUCGCCUCCAAGUCCUCAAACCUAAAGGGGACCUUCCAAAAGGCCCUCAAAUGCCGGGCAGCCAGCCUAAUCGGCAUUGUCAAGGAACUUUCGCAGCGCACUACGUCCAACGAGACGCGGUUACUGCAGGCGAAAGUUGACCGCCUGCAGAAGGAGAUGUCUGCGCUGCAAGCUCGCAUUGCCGAGCUUAUGGCCCGGUCUAAAGGGACCUCGGAAGGUCCAGCGGUGGCGGCGGCCCCCUCCAAUCUUGAGGACAUCAUCCGAAAGGUGGUCAUGGAGGAGAGGGCCUUUACAAAAGCCUGCUUCGCAGGCAUUGAGGACCGGCUGCUGCCGGAAAAGAGGCUCCGCCCUCCACUCGGCAGGACCUCUACUGCACCGCCGCCCCAAGAAGCAGCGCCAGCGCAGAAGGAGCAGCCCAAGGCCACGAAGGCAGGCAAAGGGAAGGGGAAGGGAAAGAAGUCCCCUUCGGCCCCUACCUCACAGGCGGGAGCCAGCGCUCCCCCAGCGCCCGCCCAAGCUCCUGUAAGGGAAGAUGCCCUGCUGCCUUCUACUACACCCUCCAACGAGCCAUGGAAGAAGGUGGUGGGCAAGAAGCAGCGAAAGGGGAAAAAGCCGGUACCUGAAUCCCCGGCAGCCAAUAAAGCUCCGGCGGGAAAGAGGAGGAAGCUCGUUCCUCCAAAAACCGCGGCCGUAGUGGUGACCCUCACAGCGGAAGCCGUUACACGUGGGGAGACGUACGAGUCCGUGCUGCGACGGGCUCGUUCAAAUAUUGACCCCGUGCAACCGAGUGAGGGCAGGGUCACGUGCCGACGGACCCAAACCGGGGCUCGUAUCUUCGAGUUUUCGGGGGCUCAGGGCAGCGCCAAGGCCGACACCUUCGCUAGCCAACUAAAGGAGGUAAUCGCAGACACGGCCAAAAUCGCGAGGCCAUUGAAGUGCGUGACUCUGGAAGUGACCGAUCUUGAUGAUUCGGUCACCCAAGAGGAGGUCGUGGCCGCAGUUGCGGCGUUGGGGGGCUGCGACAUCGCAGCGAUUAAGGGCCGCGCCAUCAGACCUGGCCGUGGGGGCAUGGGCAGCUUGCGACUGGAGUGCCCAGUCAUGGCUGCAAAGGCAGUUCUGGCAAAGGGACGCCUCCCGGUUGGUUUCAGCUCGGCUGGUGUCCGGGCUCUUGAGGACGAGCCGAUGCGCUGCUACAAGUGCUUCGGCAUCGGCCACACCCGGGCCCUUUGUCCGUCCGCUGCGGAGCGUACAGACCUGUGCUUCCGCUGCGGCAAGGGGGGGCACAGGUCCACCGCCUGCGAGGCCACCAAGCCGCACUGUGCCGUGUGCGCUGACAGUGGUCGGCCAGCCGACCACAUUAUGACGGGGAGGAAAUGUCGUCCUCCCCUAAAGAAAGGGAAAGCGCAGGUGACCACACGACCUGCUGCUGCCGCCGUCACUGCGAUCCCAGUCCCAGUGCCGACAACCGAGGGGAGCGCGAUGAACACCGACUAA